UUGGACCACGUGAUCCGUGACAGAUGGGCACUGCGCUGUCGCCAAAUCAGGAGCGAGCAUGAGGAGCCCAGGCGCGCCGACUCCGUAGCGAAUCCACUCAUUAUCGAUUCGAGUUUCCCGAUCCGUACCACAAUUCUAUUCAGUGAUCGGUUAUUUUGUAUUGGCUUCGCGGUGGCGUGCAGAAUAUACAGAAGCUGUAAGUUUCUCGCAUGAAAAUGGUUCACAGUAUCAAUUGUAAUUAUGCAGCCGCUAUCGAUUCCACACGUAAAAAAUGAUCGAUGCAGGCCUGACUUCGAUUCCUCGAUUGAUGGUGGAUUCGUACAAAAUCGACUAAUCGUCAGGUGCCCUUUGCAGGCGCAGCUCAGUAGUUGCUCUGCUCAUUCUACUGCUGGCGGAAGGGCCUCUCAGGGGUUAUUUGGCCUACUCUUCCACGCUGGCAAUGUGCCUCGGAAGUCGCUGGGUGUCUUUAAAACGCGGCGUUCUAAAUAAACAAGAAUAAUUCGGCGGCGAGAGGAGGAGUCGUAUCGUUGUAUUCGUGUUGGUGCUGCACUAGAAGGUUCGUGUUGUCUAAGCGCGCACGUGUUCUGGUUGCGAGCCCUUUAACUCGUGCGAGGUCACACGUGGAGCAAGCGCCGAGACAUCACCAGGGCAGCGUGACGGCUCCCUCCUGGAGUAGCCCUCCUCUCUCUCUCUCUGCCCUUGCCUUCCCUCCUCGCUGCCCGUCACUCUGCUGGUCCAUUCUAUGCACUGCCCUUCUCUAAUCCAUUGCUGCCCUCUCGCCGACCCUGCCCUCGGGCAUCCAUCUAAUCCCGCUUCACCCCCCACUCCCAAACAUCUCCUAGCCACAACAUCCUGAAACCAUGUCCCCCUCGCCCUUUCUCCACCUGCGUGCCUCUCGCAGCCUGCUCAGGCACCCAGUAGUAAUUACCUCUCUCACGUCAACAACAACAACAUCAUCACCAUCACCACCCCCCCCGGCUCGCUCCGGCACGAGCGCCACUCCGCUACCAUCGCCACCCCGCCGCCGCGUGGUCAUCACGGGCCUCGGCUUGCUCUGCCCGCUCGGCGUGGGCUCGGACGCCGCGUGGCGUCGCCUCCUGCGGGGCGACACCGCCACCGUGGCGCUCGACCACCCGGCCUUCGCAUCGCUGCCGUCCCGCGUGGCCGGCCUGGUGCCCCGCGGAACGGGGGGCGACACCGCCGCCACGUUCGACCCCUCCCUCUUCGUCCCCGCGUCCCAAGCCAGGCAGCUGUCCCCCACCACCGUCAUGGCCUUGGCCGCGGCCCGCCUCGCCUUGGACGACAGCGGCUGGCGGCCCCGCGACCCCGAGGAGCAGCUGCGCGCCGGGGUGGCCGUCGGGGUCGGGGUGGCCGAUCUGGAGGAGAUCGUGAACGCCGGGGUGGCGCUGCGGGAGCUGGGAGCCCGCAAGCUGAGCCCCUUCUUCGUGCCCAAGAUCCUCACCAACAUGGCCGGGGCCCACAUCAGCAUCGCGCACGGCCUCAAGGGCCCCGUGCACUCCGUGUCCACGGCCUGCGCCACGGGAGCCCACGCACUGGGCGACGCGGCUCGCCUCGUCGCACGCGGGGACGCCGACGUGAUGCUGGCUGGCGGGGCCGAGGCGGCCGUGACCCCGCUGGCCGUGGCCGGCUUCUGCAGGGCGCGCUCGCUGAGCACGGCCUUCAACGGGAGGCCCGAGGCGGCCUCCCGGCCCUUCCACCCGGAGCGCGACGGCUUCGUGAUCGCCGAGGGUGCCGCCGUGGUGGUGCUGGAGGAGAUGGAGCGCGCCGUGGGGAGAGGCGCGCGGAUCCUGGCCGAGGUGAUGGGCUACGGGAUGUCUGGUGACGCCAACCACAUCACGGCGCCCAGCGAGGAUGGUGAUGGUGCCUACAGGUGCAUGGAGGCCGCCCUGCUCGACGCCGGCCUCAGCCCCAGCGACGUCGGCUACAUCAACGCUCACGCCACGUCCACUCCCCUAGGCGACGCGGCCGAGCUCUGCGCCAUCCAGCGCCUCUUCGGGUCCCGCUGCUCCUCCUCCUCCUCUGGCGGCGUUCCGGCCCUCGCCGUCUCAUCGACAAAGGGCGCCACCGGUCACCUGCUCGGCGCAGCCGGCGCACUGGAGGCGGCCUUCGCGGCCCUGGCGUGCGCGCACGCCGAGCUGCCGCCCACCGCCAACCUGGACCGCGUGGAGCCGGGCUGCACCCUCAACCUCGUGCCGCUGCGCUCACAGCCGUGGCCGCAGCAUGACCUUUGCCGCCGCCGCGUGGCGUUAACCAACUCGUUCGGGUUUGGCGGCACCAACGCCUCGCUGUGCCUGGGCAGUGUGGACGCAUGAUGCGCCUAUCUGGAACGUUCUUCCCUCUGAUGUUAAGAAGCCACUGGAGCUGAUUCACUUUUCAAUCUAAAAUUGGUAACUCAUUUAUUCGGAACUACUUUUUGUGUUUAGGUUGUCCCUCCGCCGCACCUCCGAUUAGCACGGUUGGCUCCAUACGGUGCGAAAGAAGUUCAACAUGGUUGGUGACGGUGGUGGUGGUGGUGCAGGGAGGUGGAAGGCUUCGUCGAAGAGCGGCAUUAAUUUCUUUAUUGAAAUUAGUGACGAAGAUAUUUGCCAACAAUUUUUUUUAUUUAAGUGAAAAACGGUGACUAUGAGUGAAUGACAAUCAUCAAGCGUGACGAUGACCACCGGAGUAGAGAGAGUGUGAGGAGUUGAAACUCAUGAGUCUGAAUGAAGACGCACACGUUGGUAAUUUACUGAAAUUACGAGAGACUACCUUCACAGGGGAUGUCACAAAGCUCUGCCCCCCCCCACCAAAAAAAAAAACUAUUGUCAUUGUAGUGCGUAUUUAAUGUGGCGCUGCACUCUGAUGUAGGAGAAAACAUUUAUUUAAAAA